UGUGUCUCCCUGUAGGCAAAUGCCAGCAAUUUAAAGAAUUUCCUUUCAGCUGUGAGACUGGCUCACCAAGGGACUGACAUAGGAGCUCUCCCGCUCUCAGCUUUGGUACCGGCAAAGACCUCGGAAGUUGAAAAACCCAAGACAAAAAUGAUCAUAACUUCGAGAAGGGACUAUCCUCUCACCAAAAACUUUCCUUACUCCCUCGAACAUCUCCAAACCUCGUACUGCAAACUUGCUCGGAUCGACAUGCGUGUGCUUUGUUUGAAGAAACUCCGAAAACUAGACCUAAGUCAUAAUCAUAUUAAGCAGCUGCCAGCUACUAUUGGUGACCUCAUCUGUCUUCAGGAGCUUAAUUUGCACGACAAUCACCUGGAGUCCUUCAGUGGGGCUCUGUGCAACUCCACCCUGCAGAAAUCUCUUCAGUUCUUGGACCUCAGCCAAAACAAAAUUAAAGCACUUCCAAUUCAGUUUUGCCAGCUGCAAGAACUUGUUAAUUUAAAGCUUGACGACAAUGAGUUGAUUAGGUUGCCAUUCAAGAUUGGCCAGUUACAUCAUCUACGCUUUCUGUCAGCAGCUCGAAACAAACUUCCUUUCUUGCCCAGUGAUUUUAGGAAACUCUGUCUUGAGAAUUUGGACCUCUUUGGAAAUCCUUUUGAACAGCCUAAUCCACUUGUUCCCAACAUUCAACUGAAAAUACCAUUGACUUUAUUAGAGUGUGCUGCAAGAGCAACCGUAAAUUACAGAAUCCCUUAUGGUUGUCACCUCCUUCCUUCUCACCUUUGUGAAGAUCUGGAAGUGGCUAAAACAUGCCAGUGCGGAAGUGCCUGUCUGAGCAGCUUCAUUCAGAUCACGGUGACCAUGAACCUCCAUCACGUAGCUCACACCGUGGUCCUCGUGGAUAACAUGGGAGGUACGGAAGCACCCGUCAUCUGCUACUUCUGUUCUCUAGACUGCUAUUCCCAGUUCCUGGAUAGGUACCUGCAGAGCAACGGGUGA